AUGGCCGCAGUUCAACUUCCACCCGCGCCCCGCCAGGUCGGCGUCUUCAAGAACCUCACGGCUCAGCAAACCGAGACGCUCGUCCUCAAAGAGAAAGUCAUGUCUCUGACUGGCGACAGCUUCGACAUCAAGCUCGCCAACGGCCAGCCCAUCCUCAAAGUCGAGGGCAAAGUCAUGAGCAUUUCGGGCCGCAAAAAGGUGUUUGACAUGCAGGGCAACCAUCUCUUCUCCAUUGUCAAAGAGCUCAUGCAUAUCCAUGCUACUUACGUCGUGGAGGAUCCCCAAGGCGUCAAGAUCAUGGAAGUAAAGAACAGCUUCAAGCUUAUGGGCUCCAAGGCUACUGCUACCUUCACUUCAAGCGACGGCACCGCUGAGGUCUUGGAGAUGAAGGGUAAUUGGUUCGAUUACGCGGCUGAUAUCUUUGACAAGUCAACAAAUACUGUCAUUGCGCGCAUCGACCGUAAGAUUCUUAGCGGUCGCGACAUGUUUUUCGGACAGCAGACGUAUGCAUUGAUGGUUGCGCCUGGUGUUGACAUGGCGCUCAUGGCGGCUCUGUGUAUCUGUAUGGACGAGAAGAACAAUGAGGCUUAG